UUGCACUUUGUUUUAAAAUCACGUUCGAUCGGGUACCCAACUCAACUCUCUACUCUUCUCAACUCUCAACCUUACCUCACUCCCUCUAAUCUCUCUCUCUCUCUCUCUCUCUCUCUCUCUCUCUCCUAUUCUGCAUUUCUUGUUUUGAUACGGAUUUUUCUGGUACCAAGUCUGUCCAAACAACAAUCCCAUCUCUCUCUCUUUUCUCUUUUCAAGAAAGCAUUAUUCGAUUUCGUCUCAAUCUCUCCUUUUCAAUACCCCUUCCCCAUUCCUACUAUCCUCUCUGUUCUCAGUUUUUUUCUUCUUUUUCAUCUCUCUCUCUUCUCAAAGGAGAAAAAGGAAAAAAAAAAAAAACUGGAAAUGAAGAAGGUCAUACUAAAGCUGGAUUUGCAUGAUGACAGAGCUAAGCAGAAAGCUUUGAAAACAGUCUCUACUCUUCCAGGGAUUGAUGCCAUAUCAAUGGACAUGAAGGAUAAGAAACUCACAGUGAUUGGGACAGUGGAUCCAGUAAAUGUAGUGAGUAAACUGAGAAAGUAUUGGCACACAGAUAUAAUUUCAGUUGGGCCAGCAGUGGAGCCCAAGAAGGAGGAGCCCAAGAAGGAAGAGCCCAAAAAAGAAGAGGCUAAGAAAGAAGAAGGUAAGGAAGAGCCAAAGAAGGAGGAGGCAAAGAAAGAGGAACCAAAGAAAGAGGAAGAAAAGAAAGAAGAAAAGAAAGAAGAGAAGAAGGAAGAGGAGGAUAAGAAGAAAGAGGCUGCUCCGGCACCGGCACCGCCACCACCGGACCCUGUUUUGGAACUUGUGAAGGCUUAUAGAGCAUACAACCCCCACAUGACCACAUAUUACUAUGUGCAGAGCAUGGAAGAGAAUCCAAAUGCUUGUGCUAUUGUUUAAAAAAAAACAAUAAUCCCAAGUUUUUUCAAGAGAGGAUUAGUUAAUCCCAAAAAUAUUUUGAGGGAUUGGUGAAAAAAUAUGUUUUGUAAGGCAAAAAGAAAAAGCCAAACUAAGAGAAUAUAGGAGCUCUUUGUAUAUACAUGGUAAUUCCCCCCUCAUUGAAAAAUGUUCAAAAACAUUAGUAAUGUGUUGUGUAGAGCUAAAUAAUAUAACCAAUGUUUUUGUU